UUCAAAACUGACCUUUUCCCAAUGGUGAACAUUGCUCAGUUGUAUCAUUUAUCAGCAAAUCGUGACAACGAUUCCUUGCGUUUACUUUUAUACAUCAUCGUCUCAUUUCCCUUUACCUGGCAAAAAUGGCUGUCCAAGUGUGGCCAAGGCCGAUCGAUGAGGCGGUCUUUGGACCCCGGGUUCAAUAUGUAUCCGCCACUAAGACUUUGUGCGAUGUCGUCCACUUUGGCUCUGGACUAGGCAGGGGGAGGUUUGGUGCCGUCCGUGAGGUCACUAUGCCUAUGGUUGAACAAAAAGGACUUAAACGAAGACAAUAUCAUUGUCUCAGUAGAUGGUCAUGCCAAAGUGAUAGACUUCGGAAUGGCUCGUCAGAUUCCACCAGGGCAGGACAAGGUGCCAUUCAUCCGCGCCGAUAUGUACACCCAUCCCCCGGAGAUGAACGAUCCGACCAUGGGUGGCGUAGAUCACAAGACCGUCAUGUUCUUUCUGGGCGGUAUGAUCUACCGUGUCGCCGUGCAGGACUAUCCAUUCGCCAUAGAUUUCCCGCGAUUUAGCAUAAGUCAGCAGAAUAGCGCAAUAGUGCGUGGCAUUAAUAUCGCAGGAAGUCAAUACUCGGAACUAUCGCCGAAUCUGAAGUUGCUGCUUCGAGAGUUGCUGCUGUACAGGCCACAAGAUCGGCCAACGGCAGUGCAGGCCAUGACGCAUUCCUGGUUCACCGACGCGCCGGAUUUCGUCGAGCCCAAGCUGCAGAGUUACGUUGAUAAACCGCCGCCGGUACACAUUCACGACAUGCCGGCACCCAUAUGGGUACACAUGUGCCAACAGCUGCAAAUCCGACCGGCAGAGCUGCUGGAGAAUAUCCAGCAGAAGUUCCACUGGCGGGCUAUCCUAUACGAGUAUCUUACUCUCUACAGGAGGAACCCUCCAAGGCCUCCAAGGCCUUUAGCCGUAAAGCGGCGAAAGCGGCAAGCUUUGCUACCAACAAUUCAUGAAGAAGACCCAGCAGAUGAGCAGGCAGAAGAGUAGCAUUUAGUGAUACAAUGACAUUCUAUACGGAAUAUAUAAUGACAUUCUAUACAUAACAUUAUUAUAAUUUCUG